AUGUAUGCGAAAUUCAUGUGCUCUAACCACACCAAUCAUACAAGCUACAACCAUUCACAUUCAAGGGUAAACUCUAGAAGCCGAUUUGAGGUGAGUGUUCGAAUUUCUUGGUCGAAGGUUUGUGUUUUUGGUCGGCACUGGCAAGCGACUACAAUAAACAAUGGAUUUGCCAUUCGUUUCUCCUCGGUGCUGAAAAUAUUCACUUCAUUUUUUCUUGAAAUGCGAUAUUGCUCAUUCCUUUUAACCUUUUGCGAAUUAUCGGUUUAUUUACGGGCAUUCUCGCCUUUUUCUUUCUUGCUGGUUUCAUGUCUGGCGCAUUUCCUGUCCUUCAUUCGCUCACGAAAGCUUACGCUUAUCGUUGUUUUGCUAGAAUAUUUUGUUUUUCCUUGUUUUGUUUGAAGGACGUGACCGUCGCUAUUGGUGCAAUGUGCAAAUGAAAAUUAUUUGAAAAAAACAUUUCUCGUUGCUGUCGCUAUCCCCUGGUAUUAAAAUCUGUGCUGUUUUCAAGGUGGCAAAAUCAUUCAGACUUGGAAUGGGCUCUCUAGCUAUGAAAGUGUGCUGCCAUUCAGCUGUAUAUCCUCUCGAUCAACUUAACUCAAUCUGGAAUUCUGUAUUUCUGUUCUAGAUUUUUCUCACUCCUCACUUUUGUUAUAGAUCACGAUCGAGUUUACACUUUCAUUUAUGGUAGACCGUCGCACGUUUUUCAUUAGGCUCCGAUCCAAAAACAAUAUUUUUUUGUCCAUUAUAACAAUUUUGGCUGCAACAUUUUUUCUAAUUUUAGAAACUAGAAAAGGCCCUUUUUAAUUUUAACCUAAGCUUAAGUUAGAGAGAGCAUGAAACAUUUUUUUAAGAAAUACAUGGGCGUUUUUUGUGGAGAUCUUCUGAAUAUUGGCUGUUCAGAAUUUAAACGUGCCUGAAAAACAUGGCAGCUAUCAAUUGUUGUGUUUUGAAGACUUUCCAGACAGCUUAAAUGCACUCACGAGCAUAAUUAUACCGAAAUGACUAGCUAUGAUAUAUCCUCCUUGUCCGCUAGCGUUGAAACAGGUGUUAUUUGCUCUAAUGCAGCACUUCAACUGUGACUUGAUAUCUAUAACCUUGAUUGUAUUUUAGCCUAAAUUAUACCUCGAAUUUAACUCGCUCGGAACUAGCUGUCAUCUGAAAGAGGCAAUUGUUUUGACAACCACUCGACCAGACUCAGUGUUUAAAAUAUUUCCAUUCUUGUUUCAGUUAUACAAUUUCAACACAAAUGAGGAUCAAGCUCUAAUAAACAAGAAGCUCCCAAAGGAACUUAUUUUAAGGUAUUAUUUUUUAAAACUAAAUAAGGUUAGCGGAAGAAGUACUUCUAAGUUAAGAUCCACAAAAUUCAUCUUUAUUGGUUCGCCUAGAGAAGUUCGAUAUUGAUCGUAAGUGCGGUUUUUGUGUUUUCUACACCUGACCGUAAUUUAUAACUGCAUUGCAAAUUUGCAUGUCUGUGAGGCAUAUAUUUUGCAAAUAUCAAAACAAUGACUUUUUUAGUUGGUUGCCAUGUUGCCACAAAAUAGCCUUUAAGGUCAUUGUCGGUAAUCAAUUGAUUUGAAGUAAAUGUAAUCUUUAAUGAAUUAUGGAUAUAUUAUGUACUGUUUAUAAAUGUACAGAAACUAUUAAUUUUUAAUUGUGAGUUAAAGGAGAUUUCUUUUUUCAUCUUGAUAUCCUUUUUUUUGUUAGGAUAUUUUCAUUUCUAGAUGUAGUCACUUUGUGUCGCUGUGCCCAGGUUUCAAAGGUAAGAUGCUUUUGAUUUCAGUGUUGUACUAUACCAAGAGUGUGUAAUAAUUUAGGGUUUCAUAUAACAUAUUAUUGUCUUCACGUAAUGUCAAUUCUUGUAGCUAUGGAAUGUUUUAGCCCUGGAUGGAAGUAAUUGGCAGAGAGUGGAUUUGAUGAACUUUCAAACAGACAUAGAGGUACAACAUUUUCUACAAAAACCAAUACACUAUUAUGGUGUACAUGUAUAUACAAGGUAGUGGUAAAUCAAACAAGCGACAGUGCAGCAACAUAAGCACACAGUAAACUUUGCCAUUAUAAGCCCUCAUACGACUUGAUAAGGGGUUUAAAGGGACACAGUCAGCUAUGGGACCGCGCUGACGAGAAACGCAUAGUUGCCGGGCAGGAGAAAUCGCUUUUGUUUACCAAAAUAACAAAAGAAAUGAAUCAAUAACAUUGGCGAGCAAAUAAUCGUAAUAUGUAUUUGGAAAAUCGAUGGAAAAGGUUACAUUAUAUUUGGAGUAUUCGUAGCUGUUUGGCUUUUCCUGGACAAAUCCAUUGGUGAGUUCUCAAUGCUCUAUAAAAAAUGUGUGCUCUGAUGUGGCUUAGGGUCUAUAAUCACGAUUUGGGCUUGUAACUAGUUCAGCUCUUCAAGGUUUGUUUUGAGUAGUCCGGAUAAGCUUCUCACCUGCUGUUUCAUGCGAGUGUCGUGUGACAUGCAAAGCAGCUAAGAAAUGGUAUCUAAAGCGCAUCUGCAUCAGCUGACCGUGUCCAAGAGAGCUCGUAAAUGUGGGGGGGGGGCUUUUAAUUGGGGGGGAGGCUUAUAACCAGACUAAAAAAAGUGUUUCAAAAUAACAGUGCUGAUCAGAAUACGUUUUGAAUUUGAUCGCUUUUUUAAGCUUCAAAAUGUCAUAACAAGUCAAAUCCAUUUCAAUACAAGGUAGACAAGGGCUUAUAUUCGGGUGGGGGGGAGGGGGAGCUUAUAACCAGAUGUAUUUUUCGUUUACAGGUAGAUAGGCCUAGAAAUGGGAGGGCUUUGAAGUGGGGGGGGGGGGCUUAUAAUCGGAAGUUUACGGUAUAUACAGGACAGUCACCACGUUGGGGAUUACCCCUGGUUACUACAGUAAAUGAGCAUAAAGCCUAGCUUGUACUUUCAUAGGAAUCAAAAGGAAUAUAUGCAGUCAAACCCCAUGAAUACGAACAAUGAGUGGGCCGUGGAAAGUGUUGGUAUUGACAGGGUGUCCAUAUUAAGCUGGUUGAAUUUAGAGAAACAUGUGUUAAGGAAGGGCCCUCUCUAAGGACAAUGCACACUCUCAGUAAUAACAAGGUGGCCAUAUUAAGCGGGUUUCUGUUAAGCCUAGGGGGGGAUACUCUGAAUUCCAAGUGACAGGGAUGAUCAAAGGAUUUUUUGGGUUUAAAAUUUUUGAUUCCAGGAUUUUCUUGGGUAGGAAAAUUUAGUAAGAAUUUUUUUGGGUGGCUUGAUGGGAUUUUUUGGGUAUUCAAAAUAAUCUGAAGAUUCCUGAUAGUCCCUGUGUAUUCAAACACAACCUUUCCCCCUCCCCAGCCGACAACAUCCACCCCGUGAGCCGAUCCUUUUGCUGUGUCACCCUUUUUUUGCCAUUUCCUCCACCCUCCCGCCUACCCCCUCCCCCCCUCGCGACCUGGUCAAAGGCCAAUUUGUCAUUUUCAGAAAUAGAUUAUUUAGCAUGAAAAGCAUCACAAAGGGUUUUUGACCUCGUUUAUUAAUAUUGAAGUAUUGAUGAGGACUCUCAUGAUGCUCUUGUUUGUGCUUUAUUUUAUAGGAAACUGUAAUACUUAAUUUGGCAAGACGAUGUGUAGGAUUUCUCAAGAGUUUAAGCCUUAAAGGCUGUAAGAGUGUAGGAGAUGGGGCUUUAAGGUAAUUUUACACUCAUCAGAUAACUUGUUACAGGGGCUUCAAUUUACUAUGUAAUGGGGGGGGGGAGGGGGGUUGAGGAAAACUGUUGGGACUGGUUAUUUUGUUGAACCCUUCAGGGAGAGUAUCAAAGUUUUUGGAGACCUUGUAGGGUUGGAAGUCAAGGGUUGUGUACUAAUUUUUCAUUUUCUUUAUUUAUUUUAUUUAUUAUUAUUAUUACAGUGAAACUUCUAUUAAGCGGACCCCCAAUUAAGCGGAAACCAUCUAUUAAGGGGACCCUAAGCUGGGUCCCGAAAUUAACAUCUUAUAUUUCCCUUCAUAUCGAACACCUAUUCAGCAGACACCUCUAUUAAGUGGACGUGGACAUUAAAAUAGAUUUUACUUGGCUAAUUUCUAUUGUUAAAAACCUCUUGAGCGGACAAGAAUUGACAAUGGUAGUAUUGGAUUACGUCCUUGAAAGAUGUACUGCAGUUGAUUAAUAAAGAUAAAUCAAUACAUUUAGAUAUCAACAAACUUUAGAUUAGAGCGAUAUCCGGCCAUAUGAUUGUCAUCUAUGAUCAAAGUUCACCUAAAAGUCUUGACCACAGUACAGCACUUCUUCAUGGAACUGUAUCACAGUACAGAGUAACCAGUGAAUGUUAAUCUUUAACAAAUAUUGCGCAAUUUUUACGAACUUCUACUAGGCAGACACCCUCUAUUAAGGUCCCGAAGGUGUCCGCUUAAUAGAGGUUUCACUUUAUUAUUAUUAUUAUUAUUAUUAUUAUUAUUUUAUUUUAUUUUUUUUGCUUAUUGCAGAUGGGGGAGGGGAUAUGAAAUAUUUUGCAGUAUUUUGCCACCCCCCCCCCCCCCUCCAGGUUGUAAUAAAUGAAGGCUCCCAAUACUGGAUUUUCCAUUAGUCACUUGAGUGGCCUUGUCACUCAGUUAUGAAAACACAAUAUUGUUGGAAAUGGAAACUUUAAGUGCUGGGAUGGUGUUUUUCAGCACUUUUUUGUUAAAUGAAAAUUAAUAAAAUAAAAUAUGGUAACAAUAAUUUUAUGAUUGGGUAUUUCAGAAUAUUUGCUCAGCAGUGUAAAAAUAUUGAAGAAUUAUGUUUAGAGGGAUGUAAAAGAAUAUCAGAUACGUAAGUCAUCAUAUUGCUUGCUUAUUUAUAUUAUUUGUCUGCAUUUAUUUAAUAAGUAUACACCAUUGCCUGAUAAAGACUUAAUGCAGGAAGCAGUCAAAAUGCUGCACCUUCAGGCCUGAGUGAAUGUGUAUACAGUCAAAGCUCUCAUAAGAGGCCACCUUGGAAAUUCAAAAAAGUGGUGGUAACGAGAGCUGGUUGCUUACAAGAAUGAGCUCUCGUAAGAGACCACAUGUUUAAACUAUAGAGGGUGGCUGCUUAAUUACAAGAGCUUCAGAAACCUCUUUAAUAAUUCACUUAAAAAAAAAAAAAACAAAAGAAAUUAAUGAUCAAUCAGUGUCUUUAUACAUCUGAUAUAGACAUGGCUAAACUUUACUUCCAAUUUUUUAGACCAAAAUAGUUCCCCAAGAUCUUUAUCAAUGGACCAUUAGUGCAGUGUGCAGUAUCAUUUAAGUGUAGGUUUAUAUGAAUAAGACUCCGCAGUCACUAAUUACAGGAGUGGUCACUUAUGAAAGCUUUUCAUUGCAAAGUUUAAGUCACAGUUCAAGCAGGUUUCACAAAGGUGGUCACAACUAGAGCCGGUCGCGUAAGAGAGUGGUCGCAAGCUAAGGAGAGCUUCCUUGGGGCCAUGAAUAAAUUAGGUGCAAUCAAUCUUUUGUAUUUUUUUCUUACUGUAUUACUAUUAAACACAGCUGACCAUUUUCUAUCAAUAUUUACAGCACUGCCAUUAGUCUAAGUAACUACAGUGGACGUCUCAGGAGAUUAGAUGUGUCUUCUUGUCAUCAAGUCACUGAUAACUCACUUAGUGCUUUAAGGUAAUUUCACUGGUUGUAAGAUUUCUUUGCUGUUUAUUUUACUUUACAAAUAGGUGACAAUAGUCCAUAGCUGUAUUUUUGUUUUCUAAUAUGUGGUUUGCGGUUGGAUAAAUCUGAAAGCAGUGAACUUCCAUUAAAAGGUGGAAGUACGUACUGUAUCCUCCUCAGUUUUGUUUUAUAAAUUUGAAGAAAUCUUGAAAAUUUUACUUCCUAAUUUAUUUUCUUUGAUUUUUAUUAUAAACAGGGCUGUCGUGAAGGACCAAGGCCAGGGAUUUCCCUGGCUAUUACAUCUGUAUGAGCAUGACCCUCUUACUACUUUCAUAGAAAACAAAGAAAAAAUAAAGAACUAAAAGAACUUCCCGGCUGUUCAACAUCUUACCUACUGCUUCCCAGCUUUUAAACUUUGUUCCUACUAAUUAUACCUGGUAACAUGAAAAAAGGCCCAAAAAAGCUAACAGAUCCAUUCUGUGGCUGUGAAAAAGUUGAGAAAACGUUCUGUUGUGUGAUUUAGUUGUAUUUUAAAAGACAGUGAAUUGACAGCUUUUGAAAGUUAUGCAAAAUUCUAAACUACUUAUUUGAAAGGGCUACCGUUGUCAACAGAAUGUGUACUUAAUGUGAACAUUUUCUGUCAAAAAUGGUAUAUGCAGUAAAAGGGUAAAGGAUUGGAUCUCUUGGCAGAGCCUCCCCAUUUGAAAUUUCUUUAGGGACUAACCCCCAACCCCACCCCCUUCCCCAUUGCCCCUUUUUGGGUGACAGCCCUGUCUUAGGUAGGCACCUUUUAAUGGAAGUGGCACCAGGUGACUCUUGAGGUGCCUGCCAUUAGAGAAUGAAGAUUGUUAAACAGCAGGGACCAACUGACUUGGUGUCUGUUCUCGGCAGAUGCCAUCUUAUACAGUUGACUUUGCUCCAUCAUUUUUUUAUUUUGGUCUUUCAGUAAAGGCUGCACCAAGCUGGAACAUAUAAAUAUUUCUUGGUGUACUCAGAUAUCUUCCCAUGGUCUCAAACUACUCUCCCAGGGCUGCAAGAACCUUCUGAUAUUUAUAGCGGAAGGGUGCUGCUUGGUAAGAAAACAAACCUGGUUUGCCAUUAACAUUCACAUACUUCAUUGUUGUGUGUAAGCUUGUUUUGAGUUUUUGUCACUAAUGGUAAAUUCCCUUUAUGUGUAUAUUAUAUUGUGUUGUUCUAGAAAAUCUCCCUACCGCUCCCCUCCCCCCUCCCACCCCCCACAGAACGAAUUGGAAAUUCCUGGGGGGAUGAGGAGGGCUCAGACUCCAAGUUUACCUACAAUUUUCACGGGAGGUGGGCAGGGGUCUUAGAAAAAAAUCCCUUCCACAGGAGAGGCUUUCCUUUGAUUCAUUCCUAUGCAACAAAAAUGUUUUUCCACUUUGCAUUGAGAGAGAGAAUUCAUUUGGAUUGGAUCUUGGCUGGAAGCCAUGGACUAUCUUUUAAACCCCCUCCCCUCCUCCUUAUUAUUGUUCACUAAUGAAUGAUAGACUGUAUAAAUCAAUCAUGACUGUAAAACUUCGCAUCUACUGAUACAUGUAUGGGAUGGUUUAUUCACCUGCUGGAAGUUUGGAUUUGUUUUUGUUUUUUGGUUGCAUGACCUCCAACUUCUUGUACUAGAACUUUUCCACUUUGUAUUCUAAUUCUCUUAGGAGAACCGAUACCAUCAUCUUUGCUAAAUUAAACAAGCCCCCCCUCUCAAAUAAGCCCCCCUUCAAAUGGGUAGGAAACAAAUAAGCCCCCCCCCAGGGGCAUAAUAGAGGAUUUGCGGUAACUGGGUGUCACAGUGCUUGCCUUAUUUACGAAAAAUCUUUGAAUGUCCGUUGAUGACUACCUAGUGUUGUUGUAGAGUCAAUUUAUUUGUGGAGUUCUUGACAAUUUUUGAAAAACUGUUCUUUUCACAGUUGACAGAUGAAGGCAUCUAUCACCUGACAAAAAGCUGCCCUAAAUUACUUUCAAUCAAACUGACAUCAUGUGAGGUAAUUUAUGUACACUUCUGUGCUGUGGCAGGAUUAGCUCAGUCUGUAGAGUGCUCGACUGAAGAGAGGGACGAAAAUGCUGUCCCCUAGUACUUUUGUGCUAAAUACAUAUGUGAACUCUAAAAUAAGGUGCUUUUUUUCAUGUUUGGACGGAAUGGAUUCAAACUCGCUGUUUCAAGAUGUAGGAAAAAUAAUGAACAAAAUGCACAUGUAUUCAGAAUAUGAGCAUAUUAGAGCAUUUUCACAGGACAUCCCAGGAGUUCCAAAGUAGGGAAACAGCAGCCAUGUUUCUUUCUUUCUCUUUCCUUUGUUUCAUUAAUUUCAUUGUUGAAUGCUGGCCACGUGAGUGAUUGAAACACCCUUAGCCUGUGCUGGGGUCUCAGUGCAGACACUCAAAAAAACGAGCGGGCAGUGAAACAGGGAACAAGCAAAAAAUGGCAGGAAGAGAGCAGGGAAGAGUCUGUGAGCAUCUUUUUAAGUACCUCAAUCUGCCUACUUCCUGAAAAAAAAACAUUUGUGGUGUCAACGUAUCAAAACUUCCCAUGUUGUGGUUAGGAGGGUUUCACAAUGCUUGACAUUUUUGUUAGACUCUGAUCACAGGAGGCCAAAAGUGUUUAACCAAUCAUAGGGUAUCCUGGGAGCUGGUAUACCAGAAUGAGUUAUUGAAGACAAUGCUUACAAACUCUCCUACUCCAUCUCUUCCCAGCUCCCAUGCAGUUUUCACACAGCUAUUCUCGACCAGCUUUCUCCACUAUCUUGGAGCCUGGAACAGGCUUAAAUGCUCUAUACAUGCUCAACUGAGUGAUUCAAGUAUAAAAGCUGCACUAACAAGGGUUUCUUGACAACAUUGCUUAUGUUACACAUUUGAUGUUGUUCCUUUGUCCCAUUAGAACAUAAAGGAUAAUUCAAUCAAGGCAAUCAGUGAACACUGUAGUGAUAUCUCAUUACUCUGCGUAUCUGGCUGUAUACAGUUAACUGAUUUAUCACUUCAGUAUCUGGGGAGCAGGAGCCAUGAGCUCAGGUGAGUGCAACAUUCCGUCUGCGAGGGGGUGGACACUGAUGCAGAUGAGGGUUUAAAAAGGGUCUGGCAAUUAGGAGAUGGUACACUAUGGGAGAAGCCACACCCAGUUUACAACAGGAGUGGGGGAAAACAUUAGCAUAACUGAUUUGAAGAAAGAGGCAUUGAAAAUUGGAGAAAGGACGGUGGGCAGGUGCACUAAGAUAGACAAAGAAGGAGGAGUUGCAACUGGGACAAUUUUUGGGCUUUUGGGUUUAACUUCAUUAGGAUCCGGACUAAGGGCGCUAAGUACAUUUACAUGUAUAUUGCUAUCAUUUAGUGGUUAGAAAAUAGUGAUCAUCAUGCUUUAUACCAUUUCUUCUUCUCGCAGGACGCUGGAAGUUGCCCAGUGCUCACAGUUUACAGAUGCUGGUUUUCAAGCACUUUGUAGGGUAAGACUCUUAGGUGUAACAAACUUUGUAGCUUGAAAUAACCAGGUAUUUUGAAUGUGUAGUAAUUCUAGUUCAAAAGGCUUGCUUAGACAAGACUAAAAUUUAUGGACACAUGUAAUAAUUUUAUGCAAUAAUUCAUGCUAUUUUUGUUAACCCUACUAAGUGAUUAGUUUUAACUAUUAUGUGAUGAUGAUGAUGAUGGGAAAUGAUAGUGAUGGCAGUGAUGACGCUGAUGAUGAUGAUAACAGGGCUGUCAUUAAGAGGCAGGGGCUGGGGAUUUUCCCCCGCUGCUAAGAAUGUGGCCCUUGGCUACUUUCAUAGGAAAAUGGAAGAAAAAUAGAACCAAAAGAAAUCCCUAGCUUUUUUAUCCCCUGCCCACUUGUUGUAUGUAUCCUGCGACUAGAAAUCUUAGUGACAACCCUGUGAUAAUAAUGAUGAUGAUGAUUAUAAUAAUAAUGACCAGUGUUGUGACAAACAUCCUGUUUUAAGAAUUCUCGGUGUUUCUUUGACUCUUUUCAGGGCUGUAACAAACUUCAGCGUUUGGAUUUGGAAGAAUGUGUUCUGGUGAGAUCCUUAUUCCUUUGACACUUCUGGAAAGAAGUCUUUAUACCAAACUGCUGCAUGAUGAUAAAGAGAUCUGAAUCCAACCACAUUUUUGCUCUGCCCGAGCAAGAUUUUAACUUAGCUGGACAUAAUGCCCUUUCAAGAAAGAAAAAUUUUAUUUGUGGCUCUGUAACUGGUCACUAAACAGACCGUGGUCCACAGCUACUAAAUAGGGGUUUUACUGUAAAGUUGUAAGCGUUAACCCUUUAGGUCCCAAUGGUGACCAACAUCAACUUUCUCUGGACAACAUCAGCAGAUCAUCAAGAGUAAAGGUUAUGAGAAUUACUAAAUUGAUUAGCAAAGGGAAAAUGCUUUGAUCUUAAACCAAAUUCUCUCAACUGUUCUUAAAAGAAAUGUAUGGAGAUCAGUCUGGAGAAUUUGUAUGUGGAUACUGGGGCUUAAAGGCUUAAGUGCUAGUGCUGGAAAAAAUAACUUGUUUCUUUUUUUAUGUUUUAUUUUGCCUGUAGAUCACGGACUCAACUUUGAAUCACUUGUCUCUUUGGUGCUCGGGCCUACAGAAACUUGUGAGUCAUUAUUACAUUUUAACAUGUACACUUGAUUAAAGGAGCACUGUCGUAAUGAUAUUUUAGAGACACACAUACACACUCCCAAGAAAAAAAAUUAAAAUUGAAGAAAAUCAAAAAAUGAAGCUUUGAUAAAGUAGAGAAAUACCAAAGAAGUAAAGUUCAACCAAAAACUUUUAAUCCUCAAAUCCAAGAGUGACCAACAUCUACCAACAACUGCUAAAUUACAUGCAAAGGUCUUGAGGCAACCUUGUUCCCAGGGUUCUCUCCUACCCGUCCCUAUGGAGGAAAGAGAACCUGGGAACGAGGCUGGUCUUGAGAGGAAGAGAAAAUGAUGAAGAAAUUCUUUUUUACCUUUGCUUAGAGUCUUUCUCACUGUGAGUUGAUCACUGACGAUGGCAUCAGACACUUUUGUGGAAGCCCCUGUGCUGUGGACCACAUUGAAGAACUAGAACUGGAUAACUGUCCUCUUAUCACAGAUAAUGCCUUAGACUACUUAAUGUAAGUAUCUGUCGAAAUGAAAACCUUGACUUUAUGAAGUUUCAUUCAAGUGGAUCUAAAUCUUUUUUAGGGCGAGUGUGAUUGAUUCCGGAAUAAUAAUAAAUGGAAUUAACUCUAAAAAUCAUAUGUUUUGGCAUUCAUUGCAUUGCAAUGUCUAGAAAUCUCCUUUAAAUAAAAUAUUCCAGCGUUUGUUGCGUUUUAGUGGUCUAAAAAUCACGUUACAAGAGAUUUGUUACAAAAAUAUGUAACACAAUCUUGUUCCAGAAUACAAUCAACCGAAGGCACGUUAUGUAUGAUUGACGGAGAGGUUUACUGAGCCCUUUUCCGCACCCCACCUCUCCCCAGAUGUCGUCGGUCAAAAGUGGCAAAAUUAAUUUUCCCUUAAAACGGCUCAUGUUUAAUCCUUGCCUUAAAAAUGUGCACAUAUCAAAGUUUUAAUCACGUCUAAAAAGGCAUUGUUUUGGUGACAUUACUUUUUUUGCGGGUUGCAGUAAUUGCCAACAUCUAAAAAGAGUAGAACUUUUUGAUUGUCAGCUUAUCACCAAAGCAGGAACAAGAAAACUUAGGGUAACUAUUGCAUAUGUUAUUAUCUGUGUACUUUCUGUUUUUUUACUUCCUGUUCGCCUGAUUCUCUUGAUAACUUAUCACACAAAACAGCUCCCCUUCACUCUUUUUAACCUUCAGGUGCUUUCAGGUUGCUUUUUCUUUGCUUUUCUUCCAUUUAUCACGUGCUGUCAGCCACUUAUCACGUACUUUCAAUUUACCCAUCACGUGCUAUCAGCUCAUUUGUCAAGUGCAUGUACUUAUAGUUCACUUACCUGUUACCACGUGUUAUCGUACUUAUCAUUUGCUUUCAAUUUACCUGUUAGGUGCUAUCAGCUCAUUCAUCAAGUGCAUGUACUUGUAGUUGGCUUAUCUGUUAUCAUGGGCUGUCAACUCACGUUUCAUUGGUUUCAAUUUACUUAUAUUGUGCUGUGAGCCCUUUAACAAGUGUUUUAAAAAGUUCAUUUGUCACGUGGUCACAGCUUAUGUAAGGUGCUUUUAAUUAACUUGUCACGUGCUAUCAGUUCACUUUUCAUUUGCUUCCAAUUCACUUAUCAUGUGCUGUCGUGUUCUUUCAUCACGUGUUCUCAGUUAACUAUAAAUUCUGCUGAAAGCUGACGUGAAAUAUCCCGUACUUUUAGUUAUCUCAUUACCUGUUCACGUGCCUUCAGCUCUGUUGUCGCGUGUAUUGCAGCAAUAAUGCCCAUCAUUUAAUUGUUUUCUCUUCCCAGGCUCAUCUACCAGAUCUAAAAGUACACGAAUACUUUGCACCCGUGACCCCUCCCCCAAGUGUAGGCGGUGGACGACAGAGAAUGUGCCGUUGCUGUGUUGUGCUAUAGUACUGUGUUAUAACGUACACAUAACUCAACCCAAGUACUUUCUUAUCGCGAUAGUCUCAAUCGCUUUGCAUACUGUAGUUGUAAAGGAUGUGAAACCUUUUAAGAGAAGAGGUAGUGAUUAUUUCUACUCAACUUCCUUCCCACUCGGCAGCUCGUCACGCAAUCCUCUUAUCCGUGACGUGGCCAAAGAUCUUCAAUACUGAAGAGUACCUGCAUUUUGGUUGCAAUGCAAACUACCGAAGACCGCACGCGCACGGAACGUACACGAUUGUAAACAUUUAACGACACGCUUACGAUUGUUCUCUUUUCGCAGAGUAACAGAAAGUGUAGGUAUUGCCUCGUCUUGUUUGGUUCACCUAAUGUGUUAGUCUCUUUUGACACAUUGCUUGGAAUCACCCAACGCUUCCCUCGCUAGAGAAUCAUUGGGUUGUGACCAAGAGAUGAUAAAAGGAGAGCGUGAUGGCGAUCGUCCUCACCGGGCUUAUUCCCCCCUUUAAUCCCCCUUGUAUUAUUUUUAGUGACAAAAUGGCGAAGUAGUUAAAUAGCAGAAACGAAUAUCUUUUAAGGAUACCAAUUAUUUCAGUUUUGAGAUCCUUGGCAAUAUUCUUUGAGUUGCCGUCAUAGGAUAUCCCAUAAUAGUGAACUUUACGCAACAGGAAGGGAGAGGAAAGAAGACGGCAAACCUUCUGUGACAAGCGUGACAAUAAUUUUGUUUGAAAUAACUUUUCGCCAAACUUCAAUUUCCUUCAAACAGAUCUUUUUGUAAAAGACCAGAAAACAUUGAUGUUAGUGAAGAUCACGACAAAACACGCACGUAAUAGCCUUGUCACGUCCGUCACGCCCAUGCAAUUUUCCGUCCUUUGUGACGUCAUUUUCUCAACAAAACUUUCAAGAUCUAAAAAACGAAAAAAAAUGUUGCUUUUUUUCAUAAAAAAGGAUGAAAACUGUGUUAAGGCUUUAGCUGGACUGAAAAUGUUAUUUGAAUUUAUAUCGUGAGAAGAAUUCGUAGGGAAUAAGUCCUUUUUGGGGAAUAAGCGCUCUCACUCUGUCCUCUGUUGACCUAGUGAAGUUAAAUGUCUCCUCUGUCUUAAAGGUGGCUAAAACACACCCUUGACUUGUCAUCAAACGUUUCUCAGUGUAUCACUGCACUAUUUUAACGAAAAUUAUCAGUUGUUGCUGGGAGUAAAGAAGUCUGGACACAAACCAAGCACUUACAUUUUGUUUGCGUUUGAGGUUGAUUGCUUUGUGUUAAAUACUUCAUUUGGCCAGAAAAGUUAACUUAUUUGCAUAAUUUCUAAGUAUUAUUAAUAUCCAGAAAAUGUUUUGGGUGGUAACUUGGUACGAUACCAACUCGUAAGGUAAACGGUUGAUUUCCAUCGUUUUUUUUUUCAUAUACACAGAACACUUAAAAUACAGUCAGUGUUUUAAUAUUUAGGUUUAAAAAGGCGUUUUAAUUUUUGCCAAAUUAAUGUAAAUAUCAUAAUUGAACAGAGACAAACGUGAUUACUUUUUAAGUUGCUUAAAUGUAAAUUUAUCGUCGUUUAUAAUAAUAAAAUAGAUUGGUUAGCGUUGGUAUAGCAGCUCUUAAUCGUCUCAAGAGACGUGAGUAUCACUUUUAAGGGUAAUCGCGGGUAGUUUGAUUAAUUUGUGAGGAAGAGCGGUUUUCGAUAGAUUGUAGAAAGCGAAUUCUCGUCUGCACUUGUUUGUCCUUGAAGUGUAGACCAUUUUUGCCUUUGCCCCUUGAAAGUGCUGAAAACUUUUCUGGCCCGGUAAUCUAUGUUACGUCUGUAAUGUAAACUGAAGGGUCCAAAUUCGAAUGAAACGCAAUACGGCUCUAAUUAGACCGAUGAAAGAAGGCUUGUUUGUGGGCUAAAAUCUUAGGUUUUUGAGUUAAAGUGUGGUUUUGGGCCUGAAGAGUCAACGGGCACCGUACGCGUGCUCGCGGCGUUUGGCCGCUACGACCUGUAUUCGCGCCCAGAUCUGAUUGGCUUAUCGCGCAUUUGCCUUUGUUGUGAUUGGCUAGAAUUAGAUUUCGCUGGAAACACUUUAUUGAAAACCGCUUUCUAACCUUUCUAAUGAUUGCGGCGCACAUGUUUAUCAUCUCAAUAAUAUCUUCUGUUUUAAAUUGUACAUACAGGAAAACCAAUCAAUUAUCUAAGUUAUUUAAUUAUCGAUUGAAUUAUUGUUAUAUGUUAAGAGUGAAGUUGUUCGUUGUUGUAGUUCAAGUGCUGGUUUGUGUUGUUUAUCACUGGAAAUAUUGUACUGGUAGGCUAGCGAAAAUUCAUCGACAAGACGUUUUUAUUCUGUACAGCACAUUUAGAUUUAGUCUGAAAUGGCGAGGCACAGAGAUAAUUCUUAGAUAGUGCUUUUUUCAUCUUGACGUUGGCACGUCUGAAAUUUCUCACUCCAUCGAAGAUAACGGCAGUCUCGUACGUCGAGUCCGAAAAGAGGUGCGAGACUCAGGUACGAGACAUGAUGUAUCAUGUUUCUAAAUGCUCGAUGAUUUAGGGGCGAGUUGUAACUCUGUCUACCCCCUGGUUUCUUAUAAAGUCUCCUUUCCCCACUCCUCUAGUUUGUGUAUAGUGUAAGUAUUGUGUAAUAUGCUACAUCGUACACUUUCGCACAAAAUGAUGACUUCGUACCAACAAAGUUUUUGUAAAACGGCUGUUUACACAGAUGUGGAGCUUUUUAUUCCGAAUCGGGACUAUGAAGUCCUAAAUCGUGACCCCUUAAUAGAAGUUACUGAACAGUGCUUUCCUUUGGUGCUGUUUAUCCCUUUAAGCUUUAAGAGUGAUAGGCGUCAAAUUUCUCAUUGUAAUGUCACUGCUUUAUAAAACAAAGUGGUUAUGAGAAUUGAGGACAUGAUCGCACAAGCGUAAUCUGAAUUUGAAUUUUGAUAUUUGGGUUCAAAGGGUUAUUACAUUGUACGUGGUUGUUCAAACUUUUGCAUCUGUAGUAUAUAAAUUUCUGAAAAGUGGUGAAUGAAAGCUGGAAGUAGCAUUUUAUUGAGGACCUAAAAGUUUGUCAGGAGUUUAUAACAAGGCGGUUUCUAUCAUCAUACCCUAAAUUUUGUCGAGGAUGUGCACCUAAAUGUGUUUAGUGUGUAGUAUAUUAACGUAAUAUAUCAGUUGUAGGUCUUGUGACAUACCGUGCUCUUUAUUUGAGUACUGUACAGUGGAGUAGUUGUACUGACUGGCCGUGUGUUGGUGUUACUGUGUCUGUCUGGCAACCGGAAAUCACGUGACAUGGUCUGUGACUAUGUCCAGUCCCCUGCCGGUCAGGAAUAGUUUUGUGAUAGGUUAGCUAUGAGAUCCUCUUAAAAACUUCAGUAUGAUUAUGUCUUGGUUCAGUGCUAGCAUGUAGGCCAAAUAUUUGUAUUUCUUACAGAGAAGUUUGGUAUGUACAACUCGCAAUGACUGUGCAGGAAGAGGCACUUUUUUGUGUUCUUGUGUUAGUUUUGUUUGUAGUGCUAUGAAUUCUUGUAUUUUUCAAAUAAUUCUUAAUUUUGGUUUACGGUAAUGCUGUCAGUUAUAAUUGUAAACCGGGAACUGGA